AUGGCUGCUACCAGGAAGGGAACUGAGAAACGACAUCACCCAGUGGAAAGCAUUUGUAGAAAAAUCAGAGCCAUCCAAAAGAGAGAGGUGACGUCAAACCCAAUUCGCCAGAUCAUCAGAUACCAAGCCAGCGGUUCUCAGAGUCCCCGGGCCCACGUCAAGAAGAACCUGGGGGAUCUGCUGAGGAUAGGGAUGGCUGCUCACUUUCCUGUGCCCGCCUCUCCUUUCUCAAGUUCUGAGCAAGUUGGUGCCUUCAUUUCUUGUCCUAAGGUGGUAUCUCCAAGAACCCCACCCCUCGCCCCUCUAGACUCUCCUGGGAAUAGAACAUAUUCUGUUACACUGACAAGUUCUGAAAAUGCUUUGAGACUGAGAUCCAGCAGCAAGCAGAGUGGCACACCUUUGCAAUCACGGAGGAGACAAGGGAUGUUCUUGAACGAGGAUUUGGAAACCUGUGGUAGUGAAAAUUGUAGAACCUUCACACUUGACUUUGAUUCCACUUCUGGCCAAAGCUCUGACUCUAUGACUCCCCAGGAGUCAGUGGUGAAACAAUUAUCUUUGAAUGAAGAUGAGUGGAAACUGGGAGGUGAUGACGGCAAAGAUGAUGUCACCCCCGGCGCGCACGGGGCCCCGGGGGAUGAGCCGCUUGCUGGUAUUUUUCAUGCAUGGGACACAACAUGCAGAGGCUCAGGAGGAGUGGGCAGAAUCCUGGAUAAUCUGAGACACACUGGGCCAGAGCCUGAAGACGGCGGCCUGGAGGAGCUGAGGCGCGUGCUCGACCCUGAAAACAGAGGCCCGAGUGUGGGUCUGGAAAUGUUGCAGGCCACUGUGAGAGAGUGGAUGACUCACUGCAGAAGCGAACGGGAAGGAGAAACUAGCAGAUUAAGCAGCGUCAUUGAUGAUUCUGUUUUUGAACCGUGGGACAGCAUGAAGUCAGGUGGGGCCAUGAAGAUGACCACAGAUGAAGUGGAUUCCACACCAGGGAGCCUGGAGGCUGUGGGUGGAGCCAGCCAUCAGCAAGUCUUAGAAGUGUCUGACUUGGUAACCUAUGUAGCACACCUGCAUUUCAACAAGCAGAAACUGGAAGAGGAAAAUCGUAAGUUUAAGUUGGCAAUGGAAACCUUGGAAGAAGCUAACAGCCAGCUGUCAGAGGACUGUGCUGAGCUGCGCCUUCAAGUAAAAAGUGCCCAGCAGGCUGUUAUGAGAACAAAUCUGUUAAAAGAAGAACUGGAAGAACUGAAAAUGAGUAUGAGCGUUUCAGAAGAACAGAAGACCAUGAUCGGGGCUCAGAACAAACAAUUAGAGACAGAAAACCGGGCUCUGGUUCUCAAGAUUCGGAUGCUACAGGAAGAGAAUAUUAGGAACAUUAUUGAUACAGAUAGACUGGAAAAGAAGAUUGAGGAAUUGACUAGAAUUGACACAGAGCACCAAAUGCAGUUGCGCACGUACGAGAACACGUUGCUUACUAAAGAUGCAAGCAUACGGAAGAAGGACUUAAGAAUAGAAGAACUGAAGUCAACCAUCAUAGACUACGGGAGUGUUAUAGAGAAUUUGCGAGGGGAUAAAAAUAAACUGGCUCAUGAGUUGCAGCACCUGCAGCAGGAACUCAUCAUAAAUGGAAUCCAGUUGUCGGUCAGUGGAGAACCAAGCGCCUUCUCUGAAGGAGCCCAGUCGCUACAUCAUGAGCUCCUCCUUGCUACGUCUGCAGAGAGCAGCGAAAACAAUCAGCAGGGCAGUCUAAGGAGCCUAUCAUCACUGGACGCCACCAUGGACCAGGACGUUCUGCUGCUGCUAAGUCAGCCCAAACUCAAGGGGGAGGAGUUCACAGCUGCGCUGCAGAAGCUGCAUGAAGAAAUUUCUGAAGUUGAAUCCUCUGUUAACAGCUUUUUACAAUGGGUUAUUAAUCCGGAAAUCAUUAUGAAAGGAAAGAGGGAGACAAGGCUUACUGAAUUCAAAUGUAUCAUGCAAGAGAGGCUAAAUCUUUGUAGAUUAAUGCUGAACAGAUUGGGAAGCCACAAAGAAUUUCUUGAUAAAGAGUUCGUCAGAUUCAUAGAGAUUUUGAAGAAAUUCCAGCUGGAGUAUUCCUAUUUCAGAAAAGAAUUUCUUUACAGAAAGUACCAAACAGAAAUUCUCAAGCAACCAACGCAAGAUGAUGCUGUCGGGCAGGAAGCUGUUGUCAGGAAGAAGCUUCAAGAAGCCAGCCAAGGGUGGGAGGUCGUGGGGGAGCUGGUGGAGGCUGGAGAUGAGGCAGCCCAGGCUGCCGGGGAAAAGGCGGAAUCUUUGCAGCAUAAAUUAGAGGAAGCAGUUUCCGAACGACGGAACCUCCCAGCUAUAAAUACCGAGGGAUCGAACACUUUCCAGAUACUGGAGCAGAAGAGGAGAGGACUGAAAACAACAACUGAGUCGCUCCGAAAGUGGUUGGCUGGAGGGCAGCGACGCCAUGGCUUGCUGUUGCAGAGCCUUUUAGAUGAGGAAUUUACUUGCUGUCAUUCCCUGUCCUGCACAGAUAGAAGUCAACAACCUCUUGAAGAACAAUUGAAGCACUGUUGCAACAAACCAUUUGAUGAUCAAGAAGGAAGAACACAUCUGAUACCCCUGACCUUGAAAUACACCUGCUGGUGUACACCUCUUCUGGAUGCCUUGUGUCUGGAUACUCUUACAAUUCUGAGGGUGGAAGUGACCCCUUUUCUUUGCAUAGCCCACCAAAUCCACGCUAUAUGUGAAAGACUCAGAUACAAGGAAAUACAAGAUGGUGCUCUCGGUGUGACCAGACAACACAAGUACCCAGGCUCCACAGGUGGCCCUGACCCAGGAGCAGAUCUUCCAGGUUGUGCCAGAAUGAGUGAUGACCUUCUAAGUAUGGGAGAGCAUGCUGUUGAACGCUCAUCCCCUGACAGCCUGCCACAGUCCAGGGAACACCCCACACUACCAUCGCCCGGACACACUUCAUCCACAGACAGUACUGUGACUUCAAGUGAAUCUGGAUCAGAAACUUUGAAUAUGGCUUCUGGUGACCUUGACUGUAAGUCACUGUGUGAGAAAGCAGAGAAUGUGAGAUCAACCUCGGCCAUGAUGGAGAGCCAAGGCACCAGUCGAGCUCAAGAGAAUAUUGCAUGCCAAGAUGCUGUGACUACAGAAAAAACCACAAUAAAUCAGGAAGCCAAAGAGGAACCCCAAACGACAGAAGAGCAAGGGAAAGCACGUGCCGCAGGAGACACUGCAGUUUCCCAUCUUCCUGGAAGCACUGUGAAAUCGGUUAACUUUAGACAAAGUGACAGCACUUCUGCUAAUGAGAAGGAGGUGGAGGCGGAGUUUCUCAGAGUGUCACUGGGAUUUAAGUGUGACUGGUUUACUCUCGAGAAGAGAGUGAAGCUCGAAGAGCGGUCUCGCGACUUGGCAGAAGAAAAUCUGAAGAAAGAAAUUGCUAACUGCCUAAAGCUAUUAGAGUCUUUAACACUUCUCUGUGAGGAAGACAACCAGGCCCAAGAAAUCAUUAAGAAGCUGGAGAAGAGUAUAACAUUUCUUAGCCAGUGUAGCACGCGAGUGGCCAGCAGGGCUGAGAUGUUGGGAGCCAUUAAUCAGGAAAGCCGGGUCAGUAAAGCAGUGGAAGUGAUGAUUCAGCACGUAGAAAACCUGAAGAGAAUGUACGCCAAAGAGCACGCUGAGCUGGAGGAACUGAAGCAGGUGCUUUUGCAGAAUGAAAGGUCUUUUAACCCUCUUGACGAUGAAGAGGACUGCCAAAUUAAAAAACGUUCAGCAUCUCUGAACUCCAAGCCAUCUUCUCUUCGAAGAGUGACCAUUGCCUCUUUACCCAGAAAUAUCGGAAAUGUGGGAACGGCGGCUGGAGCAGAGAAUAAUGACCGGUUCACCAGGAGGUCAAGCAGUUGGCGCAUUUUGGGGUCAAAGCAGAGCGAACAACGUCCUUCCUUACAUCGAUUUAUCAGCACCUAUUCCUGGGCAGAUGGGGAAGAAGAAAAAUGUCCACUAAAAACUAAAGAUGACUUAGAACCACCCAGAGAAGAAAUAGUAGAAAGAACAAGGAAGUCAAGUCUCUCUGAAAAGAAAAAUAACUCCUCCAAAUGGGAUGUCUCCACAGUUUACGACACAGGAGCUUCCUGGGCAGCACAUCUGAAGACCUCCAUCCACAAGGCGAAUAAGGCCCUGUGGCUUUCUGUUGCCUUCAUCGUCCUGCUGGCAGCUUUGAUGAGCUUCCUCACGGGACCAUUCUUCCAGAAGGCUGUGGAAGCGGCUCCCACCCAGGAAGGGGACUCCUGGGGCGCCCUAGAGAAUCUCCUGUGGCCGUUCACCAGACUGCGACACAAUGGGCCACCACCGGUGUGA